UGUCAUCAAUGGGCGCGCUGCCCGGUGCGUGUGGACGCGGUAGCACGUGAAUCACCGUGAUGGCCAGCAGCUCUCGUGUGGUGAAGAAAGUAAUGCGGUUCAAACGUCAGCUCACAGACAAAGCAGACUCUGCUACGGUUAUAAACAUUUUGCAGAAACUAAAGGAUCUGGACAUCACAUUAGACAUUCUUGCUGAAACUGGAAUUGGCAAAACAGUUAACACCUUGCGCAGACAUAAACAGGCUGGAGAAUUUGCCAAGUUGCUAGUUAAAAGCUGGAAGAAACUGAUCCCCAAGGACUCCACAAGCCACACAGAAGAUGGGGAUAUAUCAGAGAGUAUGUCUGUUAAAGACGAGCUGAAUGACUCGUACUGUUCAAAUGCAGGAAGUUUGACAGUGGAGGAUUCAAACAAUAACUGUUUAAACCCUCAGAGCAAUAGUCAGGAGUCUUCAGAUGAGGUCCACUUUAAAACGGGGAACGGGAAAGCUGAUUCAGAGAAACAACAACGUGAAGAGCAAAAAAGAAAAAGGGAUCAGAAUGAAAAUACAGAAAAAAAUCGGCAAGAAAACCAAAACAUCUUUCAGAAGGACAUCAUGAAGAAGAAAAUUUACAUCCAAGAGGAGAAAAUGGAUGAUUAUGUUGUUUCCAAAAAGAGGAGAAAUGAUCAGAGUGACAGAAAAUCAGAAGACAGUCAAACUUGGCUUGGAAACAAAAACUCAGAAGACACUCAUCAGAAAUCCAGAUCUGAUUCCAGGGAAAAAUUGAAAAGAAACUCUGAUAGCAAAAGAUUUGGGUCAGAAAAAGAGUCCAGUAAGAAAUCAAAAGAAUUGUCAAAGGAAGGUAAAGAACCUAUGUCAUUUGAGUCCAGUGUCAAAUGCUCAAAAAUGUUAAAACUGCCUAGUGUCAAAGAUGUGAAAUCUUCAGGAAUAUCAGAGAGCUUAGAGGCUCAGAGCAGUCAAUGGAAAAAACCGGGUAAACGGAGGCAUGUCAGGCUUCAACAUGAACAUGAGUCUGACAAUGAGGCACAUUCAAAACACAGGAACAAAAAGGCCAAAGUAAAGCACAAAGACAGGGAACCUGACAAUGACCAGGAUGAGCCUUCCAUGUCUUUUGAAUCUUACUUGAACUAUGAUGCUAAUGUUCUCAAGAGAAAAGAAUGUCGAGUGAAGAAACCUUCCCAAAAAACUGGGACUGUAGUAAAGGGGGAAUUGACAAAAGACCCUGGCACAUCUGUCAAGUCACCUGUGAUGGCCAUAAAUGUUACCUCUCCAAAACAGAAGCUUCAGCAGUCUGUAAUGGACCUGAUGAGUAUUCCCUUACCUGCUGUCCUGCUCGACUGUGAAAAGCCAUCCAGUGUUGAGUACUUUGAGAGGAAAGUUGAGAAGGAAUCUGACUUCUGUGACAUCUCCGAGGAGUCCGCAGUCUUCACUGGUCAACGACUUAACAAGAAGAUGCAAGUGUACUCUGGUGCCAAAACAGUCUUCCUCCCAGCCAUGAUGAGCUUGUACCAACAGUGUAUCCGCACACUCCAAAAUAAUAUCAACCUGCUUUAUGAAACUGGUGGAGUCCCGUUUGAAAUCCUUGAGCCGGUGAUGGAGAGGUGUACACCAGAGCAGCUGCUGCGUGUUGAAGAAUGCAAUCCAAUCUACAUUGGAGCGACAGACCACUUAUGGGGGAAACACUGCCAAAGGGACUUCAAAGACUCCAAACUUCAAGAGUAUGAAUCAUGGAAAGAGAUGUACAUCAGGCUGUCGGAGGAGAGGGAACGGAAACUCCAAAGACUGACAAAAAGCAUUGUCUCAGCACAUUCCAAUAAACCCAGAGGUGUGUAG